GCUUGAGUUUUUGCUUUCGGUUUUGCGCCGAAAUCGCGCAGCGCGUUUGUUUGUUCUGUGUCUGAGUCUAGUCUUUGUCUCUGUGAUAAUAACUCUUUUUGUUCUUGAAAUUAUGGGACAGACAGUGACUACCCCCUUAAGUCUGACCCUAAGCCACUGGAGCGACGUCCGAGACCGGGCAAACAACCUAUCGGUGGAAAUACGGAAAAAGAAAUGGGUCACCUUUUGUUCCUCCGAAUGGCCCACUUUCAAUGUGGGAUGGCCACGCGAUGGCACUUUUAACCUUGAUAUUAUUUCUCAGGUGGAAGCCAAAGUUUUCAGCCCCCGACCCCAUGGACAUCCCGAUCAGGUGCCCUACAUCGUCACCUGGAGGGCUCUGGCUUCAGACCCCCCACUCUGGGUCCAGCCCUUUGUUCCCCUUCCUAAACCCUGCUCCUCCCCUAUCACCCCCACCGCGCCGCCUCCCCUAAAAGAGCAACUGUCCCACCCCCAAACCAUGCCUUCCAGGGAGACUGCGCAACCCACCCCUCCUCCACCUACUCCUACUUCCUCUUCUCUUUACCCUGCCCUUACCCCACUCCAGGAUAAAUCCCCAAAACCUCCCAAGCCUGUUCAGCCUGCUCCCGAGACUGCUCAGCCCGCUCCCGAGCCUGCUCAGCCUGCUCCCGUUUUGCCUCCAGACACUGAGUCCCCUCUUAUCGACCUGUUAACAGAAGAGCCCCCUCCAUACCCGGAGGCCACAACAGAAGAGCGAAAGCCUAGUUCUCUGGCGUCACCCAUUGCGGGGCAACUCAGGGACCGACGUGCGCAGCCACCAAGUCAAGUCUCCCAGGCUUUCCCCUUGAGGGAAGGUCCUAACGGUCGGCCACAGUACUGGCCCUUUACUGCUUCUGAUCUCUAUAACUGGAAGCAACAUAACCCUCCCUUCUCUAAGGACCCCGUCACCCUGACUAACUUGAUUGAAUCUAUUCUAGUUACCCAUCAACCCACUUGGGAUGAUUGUCAACAGCUGUUGCAGACUCUGCUGACCUCGGAGGAAAAGCAGAGAGUCCUUCUGGAAGCCCGAAAGAACGUACCGGGCGAUGAUGGGCGACCAACCCAGUUGCCUAAUGAGAUCGACACAGCUUUUCCCUUAACCCGCCCUAACUGGGACUUCGCCACUUCUGCAGGUAGGGAGCACCUUCGUCUCUAUCGCCAGUUGCUCAUAGCGGGUCUCCGAGCAGCCGCAAGACGGCCCACUAAUUUGGCUCAGGUUAAGCAAGUAAUACAGGGGAAGGAAGAGACACCUUCUGCCUUUCUAGAGAGACUUAAGGAGGCUUAUAGGAUGUACACCCCGUAUAACCCUGAUGAUGAAGGGCAAGCAACUAGUGUAUCGAUGUCCUUUAUCUGACAGUCAAGCCCUGAUAUUAGGAGCAAAUUACAGAGAUUAGAAGGGCUACAGGGGUAUACACUUUCUGACUUAUUAAAGGAGGCAGAAAAGGUGUUCAAUAAGAGAGAAACUCCGGAAGAGAAAGAGGAGAGAAUGUGGUUAAGAAUGAAAGAGGCACAGGACGAGAGAGACAAAAAGCGGAGCAAGGAAUUGACUAAGGUAUUGGCCACCGUAGUUACUCAGGGACAGAACAGAGAGGGAGUCAGACUGGGAGAGCGAGAACGAAGAAGGACCAAAUUAGACAGAGACCAAUGUGCCUAUUGCAAGGAAAGAGGACACUGGGCCCGAGAGUGUCCCAAGAACCCCAAGAAUCUCAGAGGACCCUCAACGCCCAAACCACUGACUUCCCUACUGACGUUGGAAGACUAGGGAAGUCGGGGCCAGGAGCCCCCCCCUGAGCCCAGGAUAACUUUAAGCGUCGGGGGGCAGCCAGUUACCUUCCUAGUCGACACCGGGGCCCAGCAUUCAGUCUUAACCCGGACUCUAGGACCACUUAGCAACCGAACUGCUUGGGUACAAGGAGCAACUGGAGGAAAGAACUAUCGGUGGACCACGGAACGCAGGGUCCAGCUGGCUACCAGUAAGGUGACGCAUUCAUUUUUACACGUACCUGAUUGCCCCUACCCGUUAUUAGGAAGAGACCUUCUAACCAAACUAAAGGCCCAAAUCCACUUCAACCCGGAAGGGGCGGCGAUAACAGGCCCCAAUGGAGGACCCUUACAGGUCUUAACCCUCCAUUUGGAGGAGGAAUAUAGACUAUAUGAACCUGAACAAACCCCAGAGGUCCAAAAUGAAGCCUGGCUGAGAGAAUUCCCUACGGCCUGGGCGGAAACGGGGGGCAUGGGGAUGGCUCGUCAACAGCCCCCUCUCUUAAUCCAACUUAAGGCAACAGCCACCCCAGUGUCAAUAAAGCAGUACCCAAUGUCACAUGAAGCCCGCCAAGGCAUAAGGCCCCAUAUUAAGAGACUUCUUGAUCAAGGAAUCCUAAUUCCCUGCCGGUCACCUUGGAAUACACCUCUCUUACCAGUAAAAAAACCCAGCACAGGAGAUUACCGGCCAGUACAGGAUCUGAGAGAAGUCAACAAAAGAGUUGAGGACAUACAUCCCUCUGUACCCAACCCAUAUAAUCUACUGAGCACCCUGCCCCCUUCCCAUGAAUGGUAUACGGUGCUAGAUUUAAAGGAUGCCUUUUUCUGUUUAAGGCUACAUCCAGUGAGCCAGCCACUCUUCGCCUUUGAGUGGAGGGACCCAGAUCUAGGGCUCUCAGGACAGUUAACUUGGACCCGGCUUCCCCAGGGUUUUAAGAACAGUCCCACUUUGUUUGACGAGGCGCUGCACAGAGACUUAGCUGAUUUCCGGGUGCAGCAUCCUUCCCUGGUACUUCUUCAAUAUGUCGAUGACCUCCUCUUGGCUGCUAACUCCAAGGAAAACUGCCUGAACGGCACUAAAGCCCUCUUACAGGCACUGGGACAAUUAGGGUAUCGGGCCUCAGCUAAAAAGGCCCAGAUAUGCCAAAAACAAGUCACCUACUUGGGAUAUCAGCUGAGAGAAGGACAGAGAUGGCUCACUGAGGCACGAAAGCAGACUAUUCUCCGCAUUCCCACACCUACCACCCCACGCCAGCUAAGGGAAUUCCUGGGAACUGCUGGAUUUUGCCGCCUAUGGAUCCCUGGGUUUGCGGAAAUGGCAGCCCCUUUAUACCCCCUCACUAAGCAGGGGGCUCAGUUCCACUGGGGCGAGGAGCAGCAACAGGCCUUUUCCGACAUCAAAAAGGCCUUAUUAGAAUCCCCAGCCCUGGGACUCCCAGAUGUUACUAAGGCCUUCGAACUGUUCGUAGAUGAAAAACAGGGUUAUGCAAAGGGAGUACUAACCCAAAGGCUAGGGCCUUGGAAGCGCCCGGUGGCCUACCUGUCAAAAAAGUUAGACCCUGUGGCCGCUGGUUGGCCACCCUGUCUGCGGAUGGUGGCUGCCAUCGCCAUCCUAGUCAAGGACGCGGGCAAACUAACUUUGGGCCAAUCGCUAACCAUCUUGGCCCCCCAUGCGGUCGAAGCUUUGGUCAAGCAACCCCCAGACAGGUGGCUUUCCAAUGCUCGCCUGACUCAUUAUCAGGCCAUGCUUCUGGACACUGAUCGUGUACAGUUCGGACCCGUGGUGGCGCUCAACCCUGCCACCCUACUCCCCUUACCCGAGGUUACGGAAACACACGAUUGCCUCCAGAUCCUAGCUGAGGUCCAUGGCACCCGAAAGGAUCUGACGGACCAGCCCCUCAAGGGAGCGGACUACACCUGGUAUACAGAUGGCAGUAGCUUCCUGCACAAUGGCGAGCGAAGAGCUGGAGCUGCAAUAACUAAUGAGACAGAGGUAAUCUGGUCCAAGAAGCUAUCCCCUGGGACAUCAGCUCAGCGGGCGGAGCUCAUCGCCCUGACUCAGGCUCUGCAGAUGGCAGAAGGUAAGAAACUGAACGUUUAUACCGACAGUCGUUAUGCCUUUGCUACGGCCCACGUACAUGGUGAAAUCUAUCGGAGGAGAGGGCUCCUCACCUCCGAGGGAAAAGAAAUUAAAAAUAAACCUGAAAUACUGGCUCUGCUCAAAGCUUUGUUCCUGCCCCCAAAGUUGAGCAUUAUGCAUUGCCCGAGUCACCAAAAGGAUAAUAGCCCAGUGGCAAGGGGAAACCGACUGGCAGAUCAAGCUGCUAAGGAAGCUGCCCUAGGGGAAAAAGAGACCGGGCCCAUUCUUACCCUGAGCACAUGGCCCCCACAAGAAAAUAAUAAACCUAUGGAGUACAGUUCUGAGGAUCAGGAGCUGCUAAAGAAAAUGGGGGCUACAUGGGACCCAAAAGAAGGGGUGUAUACCAUGGACGAAAAAAUUGUUAUGCCCACUUCGUAUUCUUACCAUAUAGUCCAAUCCUUGCACUCACUGACCCAUCUGAGCGAAAACAAAAUAAAAACCCUCCUAAAUAAUGAACACCAACCGUAUUUGUUACUAAACCAAGACAAGGUGUUGCGAUCCAUAAUUAAAAAUUGCUUAGUCUGUGCACAAGUAAAUACCAGGAAAACCUAUGCUGCCCCUGGAGUGCGCGUUCGAGGACAUCGCCCUGGUGUUCACUGGGAAAUCGACUUCACGGAAAUAAAACCUGGACUCUAUGGCUAUAGAUAUUUAUUAGUUUUUGUAGACACUUUUUCAGGAUGGGUAGAAGCCUUCCCCACCAAGCACGAGACUUCGAAUGUGGUCACCAAGAAACUACUUGAAGAAAUCUUCCCCAGGUAUGGAAUGCCCCAGAUAUUAGGCACCGACAAUGGUCCAGCCUUCGUCUCCCAGGUAAGUCAGAAAGUGGCCAAGUUAUUGGGGAUUAAUUGGAAAUUGCAUUGUGCAUAUAGACCCCAGAGCUCAGGACAAGUAGAAAGAAUGAAUAGAACAAUCAAGGAGACUUUGACUAAAUUAACGCUUGCAACUGGCUCUAGAGACUGGGUCCUCCUCCUGCCCCUGGCCCUAUAUAGGGCCAGGAAUACCCCCGGGCCCCUAGGGCUAACUCCUUUUGAAAUAUUGUAUGGGGCCCCACCCCCUAUUGUAAACCUUUUCAAUCCUAUUGAUUCUUGUGUUUCUUCUUUUGCUGAUCGUGCUACCCUACAAGCUCACCUCCAGGCACUCCAGAUCUUCAGAGAGAUCUGGAAGCCACUGGCUGCAGCUUACCGGGAACAGCUAAAAAAUCCUACUGUGCCACAUCAAUUCCAGAUCGGCGACUUCGUCUGGGUCCGCAGGCAUCAGAUCAAGAGCCUUGAGCCCCGAUGGAAGGGACCCUACACUGUACUCCUAACCACCCCGACGGCGCUGAAAGUCGACGGCAUCGCGGCCUGGAUCCACGCCUCUCAUGUGAAACCAGCUCAUCUGGGACCAGACGACUCGGAAACACCCGAUCUCAAGGAGGGAUGGCGAGUUCAACGCAAUCAAAAUCCGCUAAAGAUAAGACUCGUGGGAUCAUAA